AUGGAGGGCAGCCGGUUCCGGCAGCUGAUCUGCGUGGGUGCGGCCUACUUCAUCAUCGCCGUGAUCGUCCCCACGCUGUGGAUUCACUUUCGUGGCGAUGCAGGAAUUAUUGCCGGCAUUCUAAUGGUGUCUCUUGGAGCCUUCCUCGUGUUGUCGCUGGCCACCAAGUACAACAAGCCGCACAAGCCGGCCCACGCCGAAGCAACCGCCAAAGUGGAAGCCCCGGCCGAAGAAACGCCCGAAGAGCCGGAAGCCCCGCAGGAAUCUUCGCUCGAAUAG